AUGGCAAGUCGCUUUCCUCGGGGUCGGGGUGUGGGAAGGCGCGCCCAGGGUCCCCGGAGCACGUGUCCCUUGCGAUCGCGCGCCCCGAAGUGGCCGUCGCGGCAUCUAACUGUUUUUCUGCAGGCUUCAGCAUUGAAGAUCAGAGACCCCACAGUUUUUGAGAGAACGAUUGUAGUCUCUGGUCUUCCAGUUGGCCUUUCCAAAGACCAGCUAGUGAAGCGUUACUUCCGAGAUGAGGGCGGACACGUGGAAGAGGUGAUAUAUCCAUCAAGAACCAAAGGAGUUGCAUAUGUCAUAUUCAAAGAAAAGAAAGCUGCACAGAAUGUCAUCAGACAAAAGAAACACGUGCUGGCCUCAAAGCCUCAGCUCACUGUCUCUCCGUUCAGUGAAAAGAUCUUCAACUAUGUGAUGGCUAUUCUUGAUCUGUCCAUUUUUCGGACUCAAACUGUACUAGAAAGCCUGGUAAUGGACCUGAAAAAGAAAAUCCCAGCUUUAAACUUCAGCCCGUUGGGACCCAGUGGGAAAAUCUCGGUGCAAGGUUCAUUUCUGGCUCUCAUGAAGCUCAAACAGGCUUUGAUAGCAAAAGCCAUCUCUGCUUUAGAAAGCAACAGGAAGGAGGAUGCCGGCAAGAGGAGAAAUAGCAAUAGACGGAACCCUGGAGGCGUCCUGCGGGGAAGGGAGACCUCUGUAGCGGCACUCGGGACCUCUGUACCUGAGUCUGCCAGAAGCCAAGGGACACUUGUGCUUGAUACAGACGUUUUCCUUUACCUGAAACACAAGUGUGAGUUGUAUGAACUAACACUGAACAAAUACCGUAUCCUGUGUCAGGAGAGUGUGAAUGGUGAUGUCACCACCAUUUGUCUACAAGAUGCUCACAAUGGGUCUCGCCCUAGCAGUGUCAGACAUGUGAAAGAGCUCAUUGAGGAGUGGGCCCAGGGGCUCCACCUUGAGCUCAGAAAAGAGACACUGGUUUUGGAAGGAAAGGGAGAGAGAGAGAAAAGAAAUAUUAAGCAGGCUUGUGAACAGCUGCGUUACAGAUAUCUUAGAGUUUUGAUUAAUCCUCACCACACACAUAUAGACAUUAUAGGACCUUCGUCUGACACAUUCCUGUUUAAGACAGAGCUCAUGAAAUCCGCAGGGCAAAAGGUCACCUGAGGUCUCAGGCACAGUUGUCAUGGUCACUUUCCCCCUGACUGAGAAGUGACUGUGCUUGCCUCUCAUUUCAUCCAGAUUGUAUUGUGUAUAUCAUUGUCUUCAUGUUGUAGGAGAAGAAGGUAGGAUUUAGGGAAAUUAAAAUACUUAUCCAAAGUUACCCAGCUGACAAGGAAUGGGCCUGGUGUUGAAUACAAAAAUAAUACCUAAAUCAAACUGAAAAACAAAACA